UCUGGGUCCUAAUUUGUGCUCGCGUCGCACCGCCUCCUCCGCGCAUGUCAAACGACACGUGCAUCGGUUGCUGGUGUUGGUAGCUGUCGUUGUAUUCGCUCGUUAAGUGCUUAUUUUGUUGACAGUUAAAAUUUCCCAAACUGGUGUGGAGGGUCACAUAUAAAUUGUAAAUGGGGGGCCUUCAGAAGAAAAAGUUUGAGAGGGGCUCUGCCACCAACUACAUCACCAGAAACAAAGCUCGCAAGAAGUUACAGCUGAGCCUCCCAGACUUCAGACGAUUGUGCAUCCUUAAAGGCAUCUACCCUCAUGAGCCCAAGCACAAGAAGAAGGUGAACAAAGGCUCUACUGCAGCAAGGACCUUCUACCUGCUCAAAGACAUCCGCUUUCUGCUACAUGAGCCAAUUGUUGGCAAAUUCAGAGAGUACAAGGUAUUUGUACGCAAACUAAAGAGGGCUUAUGGAAAAACAGAGUGGUCUGAUGUGGAGAGACUGAGGGAGAACAAGCCGACCUAUAAAUUGGAUCACAUCAUCAAAGAAAGGUACCCCUCCUUCAUCGACGCUCUCCGUGAUAUCGACGACGCCCUCUGCAUGUGCUUCCUCUUCUCCACCUUUGCGCGAACAGGAAAAUGUCACGUUCAGACGAUCCAGCUGUGCAGACGCCUCACUGUGGAGUGGAUGAACUUUGUGAUUGCAUCUCGUGCUCUCAGAAAGGUUUUCAUCUCCAUCAAGGGAAUAUAUUAUCAAGCUGAGGUGAUGGGACAGCUCAUUACAUGGCUGGUGCCAUAUCAGUUCUCUCAUGAUCACCCAACCGAUGUCGAUUACAGAGUAAUGGCAACUUUCACAGAGUUUUACACCACUCUGCUGGGGUUUGUCAACUUCAGACUCUACCAUUCCCUCAACCUGGUCUACCCACCAAAGCUGGACAGUAAAACAGAGUCAGAGCUGAAGGAAGAAGAUGUGGAGGACUAUGCCAUGAAUUCUGAAAGCUACUUAGAGAAACUGUCGGCUCUAAGUGCCAGUCUGGCACGGGUGGUAUCUAGUGCAGAGGAGGAAGAGGCUGAGCUGGACCAGUUUCCUGUCGAGGGGGAGGACAUGGAAAAGAUGGAGGCAAGGGAAAAGGAACAGAAGCAGCAGGAGGCUCAGAAAAAGCUUUUUGAAGGCCUGAAGUUCUUCAUCAACAGAGAAGUGCCCAGAGAGUCACUGGCUUUUGUGAUCAGGUGUUUCGGUGGUGAGGUGUCCUGGGACAAGUCUGUUUGCAUUGGUAGCACAUAUGAGGUGACGGAUGAGACCAUCACACAUCAAGUUGUUGACAGACCCAAAAUUGACAAACAGUAUAUCAACAGGUACUACAUCCAGCCCCAGUGGGUGUAUGACUGUGUUAAUGCCAAAAUGCUCCUGCCUGUGGAGGACUACUUCCUUGGAGUUACUCUGCCCCCCCACCUCUCUCCCUUCGUGGAGGAGAAGGACGGAGAUUAUGUGCCCCCCGAAAAAUUAAAUAUCAUGGCCUUACAACGAGGAGAAAAACCUGUCCAUGAACAGGAGGAUGACGAAGAAGAGGAAGAUGAAGAGGAGGGUGAGGAAGAGGAGGAGGAGGAAGAUGAUGACAAUGAAGAGGAAGAUGAGGAAGAGGCAGAAGAGAAGAAUCUCAAGAAGAUGGAAGAGCAAAGGUCCCAGGGCAAGUCUCUGCAAGUCAAAGUGACCCCUGGGAAAAUGAAGGUCGAGGACCCAGCACGUUUGGAGCAGGAGGAACAAGCAGAGGAGAAACGUUUGGCCAUCAUGAUGAUGAAGAAAAAAGAAAAGUACCUCUACAACAAGAUCAUGUUUGGAAAGAAGAGUAAAAUCCGAGAGGCUAACAAGCUGGCGGCCAAGAGGAAGGCCUAUGAUGAUGCUGAAAAAUCAAAGAAGAAAAAGGCCAAAAAAUGAUCCUGCUGAUGAUGUGUUUGUCAGACCGACUUUAUGUUUUUAUCUUCAUGAGGUAGAGUGCAUUACAAGGUGACAUGUCAUAAAAACUGUAAGUGUGUGAGGGAGCUCUAUGAGUUACAUGCACAAUGACAUAAGUUCAUGACAAAAUGCAGGAUGUGGAACAUACUAAUUGUGUAAUUAGUAAUGUAUGUGAUUAUUUGCCUUUUAUAUUGCAUGGACUUGUACGCAGGAUAUCCCUUCCUGUAUUAAGAUCUGUAUUUGAAAUGGUCUGUAUUUUAAAAUAAAAACAUAUUGUAUUAA